AUGCCAGUGGUAAUGGACAAUAUGAAUAACAACGGUGGCCAGUCGGGAAACCAUGGCGAUGCGGUUGCUGGACGUGCAACUGGCAUUAAGGGCAGUGAACCAGAAGGAAGCCGACACAUGAGAGUGGAAGAUGGGAUUACCACAAUUUCUGCUAGGGGGCAGCAGGAGGGGAAAACAGAGGAGAAUCUACGUCCACAAUCAGACACAGGGUCCACUGGGGUACAUCCUUCUGCGCCUGCAGCAACAACAGACACCAGUACAGCAACAGGGCCGCCAUACUGCAUACUACCAGAAGGCGAAAAGAUCUUCAUUAUUCUCUUGGUCUCGUUCGCGGCCAUCAUAUCUCCCAUCUCCAGCAGCAUCUACUUUCCGGCUCUGAACAAUCUCGCAAAGGACUUGCAUGUCUCCAUCUCGCUCAUCAACAUAACCAUCACAACAUACCUGAUCUUCCAAGGGAUUGCCCCUUCACUCAUAGCAAACUUUGCAGAUACCCAUGGCCGACGACCCGCCUACCUCAUCUGCUUCACGAUCUAUCUAGCGGCGAAUAUAGGCCUCGCUGUCCAGGAUAGCUACGCGUCUCUCUUGGUCCUGCGUUGCCUGCAGAGCUCUGGCAGUAGCGGGACAAUCGCACUAGGAAGCGCAGUUGUUGCUGAUUUAUCAACCAGAGCAGAGCGAGGCAAGUAUAUAGGAUACGCCAGUAUGGGCGUGACCCUUGGGCCGGCCAUGGGGCCGAUUAUCGGGGGUUUAUUGGACCAUUACCUGGGCUGGCGAGCAGUCUUUUGGUUCCUGGUUAUUUUUAGCGGUGUACUCGGGACGGUCAUCGCUAUCAUUUUGCCUGAAACCUGCCGCGCGGUUGUGGGCAACGGCUCUGUCCCUGCCGCAAGGUGGAACCAGUCUGUAUGGCAGAUUCUAGUGCAGAAACGGGGUUCCAGGAAGCAAAAGCCAGAGCCGGACUAUCAGACCAUCGAGAAGCGGCGUCGACGCGCAAAUCCGUUCGCGUCUGCCCUAAUCGCGACUGACAAGGAAGCACUCAUCAUUCUGAUCUACGGCUCGCUAUUGUUCUCCGGCUACAUGGCCGUCUUGAGCACCUUGACCUCCCAGCUGCAAGCAAGAUUCCACUUCAACUCCAUCCAAGUGGGACUCUGCUACCUCCCAGUAGGGAUAGGCAGCCUGACCUCCCGCUGGACGGUCGGACGGAUUCUAGACUGGAACUUCCGCCGAGAAGCUCGACGCCAGGGCCUCCCGAUCGAAAAGAACCGACAGCAGGAUAUCCAGCAUUUCAACAUCGAAGUUGCCCGCUUAGCCGUGACGAUCCCCCUGGUCUACUGCGCCUGUCUGUGCAUUAUCGCCUAUGGCUGGGUCAUGGAGCAUAAAACUGCGCUUGCCGGCCCAGUGGUCAUGCUCUUCUUUACGGGGCAUCUGACGUCCGGGGCCUUCAGCUCAGUGAGUACAUUGAUUGUGGACCUUAAUCGGCGGAGCCCUGCUACUGCAGUCGCUGCGAACAAUCUCUUCCGAUGUCUGCUGGGUGCGGGAGUCGUUGCGGCUGCGGAUCCAGUGAUCCAGCGGAUAGGGAUCGGUUGGACGGCCACGCUUAUCGCGUUUCUGUGGAUGCUUUUUAGCCCACUUCUGUGGGCUGUAUUCAGAUGGGGGCAUCAAUGGAGAGAGGAGUGUGUUAGUAAGGAAAAGAGGGAGGAGAGCCAACCGGAAGAGCUAUCCAAACAAGUGGGGGAAGCUCCAACGGCCAAGGAUGGUGUCUGA